UCUGUCAAUAACAUGUGACAAUAGGCUUCUCCGAGCUAGUUAGUGGUGGUUAGCGAGUGACUUCAGAUUUACUAUGCGGAUAAAUAAAACAUUUCAUCUUGUUGUCUUAUUCUACCAUUUGCAGUAGCAUUGGACUCAGCAACCUAGGCUCCAACCAUGACUACCUGGUCGGAUAAAAUUCUCCAGUUGCUUCGCCGAAUGAAUAAUUUUUAUUUGCCAGACUCCAGCCGCACCACUUGCUUUCGGUUUGAAUUGGGGGGAGAGCAAGUUGGGUGGGUGCCUUCAAAUGUAGCUUCCAUUUUGAGUAAAUUUCCAGAGAUAUUCAGUCCACCACGCUGCGGCGCUAUUACUCUUCGCGAAAGUUUCGACUCCUAUGAGAAGAGGUCAGAGGCUGUAGAUGACGUUCUUCAGUCAAUCAGGAGAGAAGGGUGUCUGACAGUCUUGAAGGGAUGGAGAGAUGAGAAAUAUGAUGUAAUGCCCAGAUUCUGUGAUACUCCACUAAUGUGUAUGGAGAGAUCAGCCACAAGCCUCUUUGGUGUGAAACGGUAUGGUGUCCACAUUAAUGGGUACUGUCGGGAUGAAAAUGGGGAACUCAGGAUGUGGUUGGGACGACGAUCAAAGACCAAGCAGACCUACCCUGGAAAACUGGACAACCUGGCUGCUGGUGGUCUAGCAGCAGGUAUCAGUGUAAAAGACACCCUGAUCAAGGAAUGUGAGGAGGAGGCCUGCAUCCCAGCAGACAUAGCAGAGACUGCACACCCUGUGAGCACAGUGAGCUAUACUUAUGAGGAUAAGGAGGGGGUGUUUCCAGAAAGCCAGUUUGUGUUUGACUUGGAACUCCCUCGUGAGUUCAAGCCUCGUAUAGGGGAUGGGGAGGUGCAAGAUUUCUACCUCUACUCUAUGGACGAGGUGAAAGAAGUGCUGGUUAGUGACGACUUUAAGCCCAACUGUGCUAUGGUGGUCCUGGACUUCCUCAUCAGACACUCCUACAUACAACCUGACACAGGUGUAUGCUUGAAGGAGAGUGCACUUUGGCCACAGCAUUAACAAGACUGUACUGAACCAGUUUGCACCACUGUCUGCUGGGAACACUUGUCACAACCAGGAAUUAAACUCCUGGACGCAGUGGUACUGGAAAUCUGUGACUUAGAACACUGUGCGACUUGGGAGCUCUGCUGAUGCUUAAAGUUAACUUUUAACAUCUAAUUUUGACAAGUAGAUCCCCUUGGUAUGAAUCAUGAAAUCAUUGCUUUUGAUAAUGUCUUUACUGUAUAACACGGUAUAUCAAAGUUGGUAGACUACCCGAAAACCAUCAAAGCACCAUCAAGUGAAAUUGUCUUAGAGAAUCCUGUACAUCUUCCUGGACCUUUAUCUUUAGAAAAAGUAGUUGAGUAAAAGUUAUCAGGAGCAAAAACUAUGAACACUGGUUCUCGGUCAAUUCUUUGAACAGAGCCAAGAACAGCAGUAUAUUCAAGACAUGUCAUUUUUUUCAGAACCCUAUUACCAGGAGUUUGUUGCCGGGCUACAUCAGACUUUGUAAAUACUGGAGUGAAGACGAUGAAAUGGUUACGUGGUGAGGGACGUUCAGGGGAUACACUGCUUUUUAGGAUUCUUGAUCUGUUCUGUCCAUGUAAAAUAUUGUAAUCUUUUGUCACUAUUGUAAUCUUUUGUCACUCUGUAAAUAAAAAAACUCCAUGCACAUCUUUUUGUUGAGCGCAAUAAAACCAUAAGACACAA